GAAGUAAAAUAUAUAAAUUGAUUUAUUUUACUUCCUGAUAUAAUGUAUACAUCGUGUCUAUUGAUUUAUUUUACUUCCUGAUAUACUGUAUACAUCGUGUCCUUGGUUUACUAGUACGCAGUUAGUUUCAGUUCUAAAACGGAAGGAUAAGCAGUGCAUCAUUUUAACGACUCCCCUUGUUUGUUAAGUUGGGCUUGUCCUGCAGCACACGGUUUGUUCCUGCUUUCUGGCUGUCCUGAAUGUAAGUAAUGUAUGCAUUGCAUGGUAUGGUACAGCUCAGUCACUCAUCACCAUAGGCUUCAUCUUCAUUGAUGGCUAUUAACAAUGUGUUUAACAUGGAGAGCUUAAAACAUGCUGCUUGCGAAGCAGAAAGAUCUAUUAAUCAUUCCAUUUUAUGGUUACAUAUUAAUAUUAUUUAAUGCAGUGUAAGCACGAAAAUCAAAUGUAAACACACCGCCACAAAGAAGCCAAAUGCAGAAUGCUGCCAGAAUAAAGCGAGACACACCUUCUGUUAUCUUGAUAUAAUUGCAGAUUGAUUUUUUUCUUUCUUUGGAAAGUCUGAGUGGCUGCUCCAGAAGGACACUUACCGUCUGUAAGAGAACAGGUGGGUAAUCGCAAAAUUAAUUUAUUUUUUUCUUAUUUAAUUUGUCGAAAUUUGUGAUUUCUUUACCAGCAAUUAUUUUGCUAUAUAAUUCAUCUAAGACUUUAAUUCAACCGAAUGUACACCUAUAGAGUCUAGAUUGCAGUGAUAUGUUACUCAGCACUAAAUAAAAUGUUUAAAGUGGAACUGCCAUAUGGGUAAAUAUUGCACAACUCGUCGUUAUGGACAAAAUGUCUAUUUAUUCUGUGUAUCUGUGUUCACUGUGUAAAAUAGCUGCUAGAGUAAAAGCUCCCCCCCACCCCCGUGUGCUCGGUAACUAUUUCCUCUGUAAAUUCCUCCCCCCUUCCCAUCGAGCUACCCUCCCCCCUUCCCAUCCUGCUACCCUUCCCCCUUCCCAUCCUGCUACCCUCCCCCUUCCCAUCGAGCAAGCCUCCACCCUUCCCAUCCAGCAAGCCUUGUGUAACAAAUUCCUGUGUUAAAGGAACAGCUUCCUUUACUAACUCCUCUCCCACUUCCUUUGUGCAACUAACAGCUCUAUAGAAACAUGCGACGUGUAGUAAAAUGGAGCUGGAAUGGGGCUGGGAUACAAAGAAAUGUCAUGUGAUGAUGCUGGGGUCAUGCCCAGUAGGGGGGGUUUAGACAAGACCCCUUAGACUGUUAACCAAUUGAUGAAUGUAUACUUUAUGUUAACUGUGACUCUGGACAUGACGUAUUUCUGCUUUAAAAGGGAAUCGCACCCCCUGGAAUAAAGGCCACUCUAGAGUCCUUCAUAAACCUGCAAUGUGUCCGGUGUGAUUUACUUCCAGAAGACAUGCGCACAAUCAAUUUAGAAAGGAGUAGAUAGACAAAUAAUCAAACAGUUUGUUUGAUCCAAAUCACAGUGGUUAAAUAAAAACUAGAAAUGUGUGAGAUGUCAUGAAUCCCUUUUAUUCUAGAACUUUGGUCCUUAAGGGGUUAAAACAGGUGUGGGCAAUCUGUGCCCCAUUACUGUGAAACCGAUCCACUGUACUUCUGGCCUGAUAUCCACUACAGUAAUGGGUAUGAUGCUUGGAUUAACGCUUUAAGCUAAGUUAGUUUUUAAGGUAAGUUGGCACCCAGGACCUCUUUACACCAUAACAGCUUACCAACUCUCAUUAACCCAAGCAAUACAGGUGAUAGCUGAGGACUUUGUCAAAAUGAGAGCUGUUUCACACUGCAUAGACAAACAAGUUCUGGAGCAUAAAUGUAUAAUACUCACUGUGUCUUGGUAGCAGAUGUCCUUGAUUUGCUACAAGUAUUUAGUGGAGAACACAAGUAAUAGUUGAGAUGUAAAAGAUAUGACUUGUAAUACUGUGUGUAAGAGAUACUACUGGAAAACCUCCAGGGGGAAAAAAUAUUUGUUAGGUCGAUGUUAGCUAAUUAAAGGAACAGUAUAGUCACCUAAAUUACUUUAGCUAAAUAAAGCAGUUUUAGUGUAUAGAUCAUUCCCCUGCAAUUUCACUGCUCAGUUCACUGCCAUUUAGGAGUUAAAUCACUUUGUUUCUGUUUAUUCAGCCCUAGCCACACCUCCCCUGGCUAUGAUUGACAGAGCCUGCAUGAAAAAAAAAACUGGUUUCACUUUCAAACAGAUGUAAUUUACCUUAAAUAAUUGUAUCUCAAUCUCUAAAUUGAACUUUAAUCACAUACAGGAGGCUCUUGCAGGGUCUAGCAAGCUAUUAACAUAGCAGGGGAUAAGAAAAUCUUAAUUAAACAGAACUUGCAAUAAAGAAAGCCUAAAUAGGGCUCUCUUUACAGGAAGUGUUUAUGGAAGGCUGUGCAAGUCACAUGCAGGGAGGUGUGACUAGGGUUCAUAAACAAAGGGAUUUAACUCCUAAAUGGCAGAGGAUUGAGCAGUGAGGCUGCAGGGGCAUGUUCUAUACACCAAAACUGCUUCAUUAAGCUAAAGUUGUUCAGGUGACUAUAGUGUCCCUUUAAGUAAUGCAUUCACAUAGCUUUACAAAUACACUUUUUAUACAGACUUUUAAAUGUGUUUUCAUUCGCGUAUUCAUAGGGGUGCAAUGAUUACCCAUUACAUAGUCAUGUGAGCACCAACGCAUUUGUCUGUUAGUAAACGUUAUAUAAAUGGCCUAUAAACCAAAUUCUAAAUUUCAAAAGACCAAAGUACGUUCCUUUUUCAUUGCAAGUCUCCCAUUCAUUUUGUUAAUGUCUUUGUUUUCUCCAGAUGGAACACCCCCACUUUGCUCGAUAUAUACAAAUAGGAAAUCUUGUUUUAAGCAUUCGUGCUCAUUUGUAAAAGAUAAGCAUGCUUUGUACAAAUUCUUCAUUUGACUAAUCUCAGGGAGUAGCAAAAUAAAAUUCCUUUCGGUUAAUAACUAAUUAUUAAUAUAUAAGAUAAGAUUAAAAUGUAAAAAGCUGGCAUGGUAUUUCGACUCUUAUAAAGUCUUCCUUCAUUAUUUUUAGAUGGGGUACAAUUAACCCAUUUGAUGCCCUUGGAGCUAGAAAUUUACUGGAACUUAUUUAUUCAAGAUACUUUUUAAAGGGAAACUAUAGGCACCCAGACCAUUUCAGCUCAUUGAAGUGGUCUGGGUACAUAGUCCCAGGUCCCUUAUCCCUGCAAUAAUUACCUUUUGAGGGUUAACUCCCAGGUCAUUAUACAUUUUUUCCUAUGGGAAAAAUACUGAUGUGAGCAUGGCCAUUGCCGCGUAUGCGCAUUAGGUCUCCCCCUCCGGCACUGGACUCAGGUAAGUGACAAAAGUUUUUUUUAAUCCCUUAUGCACCACGGGGGCAGGGAACGCCGCGAGGGAGGGAGCACUAUAGGGAACUGGCUACUCUUUCCAAAUCAUGUCAUAUUUUUGUAUAAACUUUCAAAAUGAUUUAGUAUAAUGACAUUUUUUUUUUUAGUUUUGGAAUAUUUUCAUAUUUUUAUAUAUAUAUAAAAAAAAUUUGAAUAUGUUGAAAAUUCAAUUUAAGUGUUUAUCAAAAUAUUAAAUGAUUUCGAAAGCUUAUCCUAAGUAUAAAAAAUUAAACCAUUAAAACAUUUUAUUUUUGCCAACCAACAAACUUAAACCUUGUUUAUUUGGCCGCUGCUAGACUUUGAGUUUGACAUGCUUGCUUUACAGUGACUCACUCAUUAAGAUGCAAUGGGGUUUACUUUCUAACUGGAAUUAAAUAUCCAUCACUUAGCAAGGAAUAUCACAACCUCCCAUAUUUCCCUUGGUAGGAGGUGCAAAUGAUAUACCUAACAUAAUGAGAGAUUAUUAAGUAUGACAUUCCCCAUCUGAAUGUAAGCUCAUUGAGCAGGGCCCUCCACCUCCUUCCUGUACGUCCAGUUGUCUGGUUACAAUUACAUGUCUGUUAAUCCACCCAUUGUACAUCGCUACGUAACCUGAUGGCGCUAUAUAAAUAAUAUAAUAAUAAUAAUAAUAUAUGACUUGGGGGAGUUUGCAUACAAAUAUUUUAUUAAUUGCUAGGCCAUGCAUCUCAGCUAGGGACCAGAGCUCAUGUAAAUCUUCCAAUGGUACUGGAUUUUUUUUACAAAAAAAUUUUGAGAAAGUUACGAUCUUAUUGAUGUACCUUUGUUCCUAAAGGUCCUGUAAAUUCACUUUCAGUCGUGUUACCCAGUUUUUUCAUGCAUUGAUCAGAAAGGUUAUUGCUGGUAAAUGGACAGAGUUUACUGUAAUAAGCACUGACUGUGAUUCUCAUUGUUUUGUCUGAGCAGGUUCGGAGCUGCUUGUUUCCGCUAUGGCUACUCGAUUGUUUGAGGGAAAAACCCAUGCAUCUUACUAUCAAAAAUAUAGGUUCUCUCCACCACAAGAGGUCCAGGACUUGAUAUUCAACUACAUGGGUGAAAGGGUAAGCAGGGUGUACUAUUAUUUUCAUUUUGAAAAAACUGCAGAGUUCAAUAGAAAUUGACACAUUUAUAAAUUAACCUGGUUACACCCCCCAGGCAGUCGAUCAGAGAACUGAUCCUUUAAUUCCUGGUUCGGUUAACUCAGUGGCGCUAAACUCAGGAGGCAGCAAUUGCCCGGAUCUCCUACCUUGCACAGACUUCUCAUUGAGCUGCAUUGGGAAGUCUGUGAUUGGACAACCUCAGAAAGACUUGCAAAUGUAGCAGACGUGAGAACUGCAGGUUUUGCAAGCUGUUUUUUUAUAUGGCCCCAAUGAAAAAAAUGAAUUUUUAAAUGUGUGCAAGUUUUCAUUUGGGGUAUAUCUACUAAACAGUGAUUUAAUGAGAAAAGGGAGAAGUAAAUGUAAAAAGUUAAGUUCUUUUUCUCCUAAGUUUUAAGCUUAGCUCUCUGUCAAUCAUUGUUCUAAGUCUCUGUCAUUUGACACUGGCCACCAACAUAGAGAAAGAAUACAGAGAGGAGAGGAAAUUAAAACAAUAUUUAUAUUUCAAGAGACCAAAAAACAUAUAUAUAUACCAAAAGGAUAUAUAAAAGGGUGAUGUUAAAUACACACAGACUAUAUAUAUGCCAAAUAUAGAACCUGGAAAUAAGGACAUGUAAAUAUAGAGCCAGAGCACUCCGGAGAGGGAGAGAACUUACAGGAGGAAUGAAUGUAAUGGACCUGUUUCCUCAAAGGGAUAUAAAGAGAAAGUCAAUAUAUAUCUGAUACAUUUAAUUCAAAGCUGCACUUACACAUUGGAAAAUGCAGGUUUAUCUCCACUCGCAAGUGGACCAAAGGAAUAUCUUCCAAUCUCGUGGUUCUUAUCAGUGGGAUAAAGUGCACAUCGCCAUCAAAAUGUUUAUAUUUCUCCUUUUCAUUUGCAAUGUUUGCUCUGGACGUGUCUGGACUGAACUGGAAUAUGAUGUAAUAUGUUAAAUCUUUGAUAGUAAUUUAAAACAAAAAUGGGCAGCACUGGGGAAAAAAAAAGCUUAGCAAUGGUUAUUGGUGAUUUUCAUUGUUUUAUUUAAUAAUGUCAAGAUUUCAGGAACAAUAUAUAUACGGAUAUAAUUGCAUAUUUAUAUAAAUCAGGGGAAACCAACAGAUAUCACUCCUGAUAUUUACUGGUUACAUUACAAUAAGGAGACUUCACUAAUUCCAACAGAGGACUAAUUGCAGAUGUAUACAUCCGGUAAUAAUUACACUUGUCUGUAGAAUCCUAGGGAUGGUGUCAGAGUACUGUAGGCAGCCUAAACACUACAGGAAGCAGUGAUGGUUAUUUUGCUUAGAGAACUUCCUUAACUCCUUUUAAUUCUAUUAUAUUUCCCUUUAUUUUGCUUAAUAUUAGCUAUCAAAACCUUAUGGGUUUGCAGUGGAUGUUGGAUGUGGAACAGGACAAAGUACCAGAAUCUUGGUUCCUUACUUUGAAAAGAUCUUGGGGACCGAUAUCAGUCCUGCUCAAAUAGAAGAGGCUAGCAAAGCUAAUGAUAUCCCAAAUGUUACUUAUUGGUAAGUGACCUACAUUGCCAUGAGAACCACAUACUGAUUGGGUUAAAGGCAUCUGGCUGCAGACAGGACAUUUUGGACUGCACACUAAUUAACAAUGUCCGGAUUUUGCAAUUCACUGCCAGACGGAUGAAAUAAGACCUCCAUGUUACUAUAAGACAGUGAUGGCGAACCUUUUUGAGCCCGAGUGCCCAAACCGCAAUACAUGUCAACUUUUUUUUCCUCAAAGUGCCAACACGGCAAUUAAACCUGAAUACUGAGAUUUAAGUUCAGAAAAAACAACUCGUACAGUUGUCCGAACCAGUUAACAACUUUUUGUUUUAAAAGACACAACAGAGAGUUCAAUGAUACAAAUUUUAAAUAAUGAUAUUAAUAGAUAAAAUUAAGCAUUUAUUUAUUAGUAUCUCCAACAAAUGCAAUGCAUACACACAGCUGAACACAUUCACACACUGAAUGCUUAAUACAUACACACAGACUGCUAAAUACACACACAGUCCGUUAAAUACAAACACACAGUCCGCUGAAUACACACACACUGCUGAAUACACACGCAGUCAUCUGAAUACACACACACACACACACACUGCUGAAUACACACACAUAUACUGUAUUGAGGUGUGCAGUGUAUGUGUUUGUGUGUGAGAGGGGGUAGCGGUGCUGUGUGGGGUGGGGGGCUAGGGGUGCUGUAUGUGUGGGGGGUAGGUGCGGUGUGUGUGGGGGGUAAGGGUGCUGUGUGGGGGUAGUGUUCUGUUGGGGGUAGGGGUGGUGCUCUGUUGGGGGUAGGGGUGCUCUGUUGGGGGUUUUAAGAUACAUUAAAAAGUUUAGAAAAAAAGCAUACUGAACCAGUAUUUCCUCCCCCCUUCAUCUUACCUUUGGUGAAGGGGAGGGGGGGGGGGACACAGCCAUCCCUGAUGGUCCGGUGUUGGUAAGUAUGUAGAACAGGAGCCUGCAGCUUUCCUGUCCUCCCGCGCGAUGCUGUGUGGAGCGUUGCCAUGGUAACGCGCGGCAACGCUCCACACAGCUCGUGGGAGGACAGGAGAGCUGUUUCCUAGAUGCCUCCUCCUGCUUCCGGUCCUACCGACAAGGAAGCAGAGUAGAUGCCUGCCGUUUCGGGCAGGCAGGUGCCUACUCCGCAGUAAUGCCAAACCUACGGCCGCGUGCCCACAGAGAAGGCCCGGCGUGCCACCUGUGGCAAGCGUGCCAUAGGUUCGCCAUCACUGCUAUAAGAGAAGCAGGUGGGGAUAUGACUACUAAAUGUUUAAAACUAUUGUCUGCCUGCCAAUGCUGUCCAGUCUCUAGAAAUGCAUGAUCCCAUAAGUAUAGGGCCUGUGAAAAUCACAUUGGAGGGCAUAGUCCCCAUCAUUUGUGGAAACCAAGCAGGGGACUUAAAAAAAACAAAAACAAAAAACAAUGGGGUUGGACAGAUCCACCACCAUGCUCCCCACCCUUGCUUAGCAGGGGCAUGUGGAGCAUAGUAUAUCCAUAUAGGUUGUGGGUGGGGACGGGACCUUAUAUAUAAUAUUCAGUGCGGAGGACCUAGUGUCUCAGCCUCCACCUAUGGGUGAGGACUCAAAAUAAUUUAUGGGGAUUGAACAUGCCAUUGUCCCCCACUGUGAAAUAUUGUCAUGUCCUCACCCUCAGGUGGCUUGGGGUCCUUAAUCCCACCCAAAUAGCCACCCCCUACCUACCCUCCCACCCUAAUAAUAGUUGGACAUGAAAUACAACUAAUACCUCUAAAAAAAAAAAUACUUGCCAUCUCAAGUCUUCUUUUUUUCUAACUCUUCUUCUUUUUCUUCUUUAGCCCCAAAAAGUCCAAAUUAUAAUGCAGGAUUCCUGACACAACUAAUGAAAAGAAAACAAAACAAACAUGAAUUGCAAAAAAAAAAAAAAGGCAGAAAAAUCCAAUGGGGGCAGGGAAGCCACUAGGUCUGGCCCCUCUUAAAGUGGCACUGUCAUGGCGAACUUACUUUUCUUUAAUCCAUUCCUCUUCUCCCCCUCUCUCAGGAUCUUCCUGUCUGCUCUAGUUUUCUUAAAAACAUAAGAUAAAGUAGGGACUACUUGUCUUAUGGAGGUUUCCUACGCCAUGACCAUCUCUGACUAGCGGAGGAGCAAAGUGUGCUUCAUUUCCGCUGGUCAGAGAAAUUUUCCCACAAUUCUUAGCUUUCCUCCCUGUUCCCACGAUGCAUCCUGUCAGUAUUCCCGAACAUCCUGUCACUUAGACAGGACGCCGGCAAAAUUACCGAAGUGCGUCCUAACAGAAUGAGAACAGUUUCUCCAUUCAUGCUAGAAUGCAAUUCGGGACUUUGUUCGGAUCGGAAUUUCAAUCGAAUGAAUGAAUGAAACUCCGAUCCGAUUUGUGCCGCGGCUGCAUCUUGCAGCCGCUUAGUAAAUAACUCCCUAAUUCCCACGGUAUCAGGGAGCUAUCUACCAAAAGGCUGAAAGACCUAAAUUGGUCUUUCAACCACAUUUACUAAUACUAAGUAAAGAUUACUUAGUAUUAGUAAAUUCCGCUCGCUAUACCGCCUUUAGGGGCAUGUCUAUUAGCCUGUGGCUGCUCAGUGUUAAAAAAAAAACAAAAAAACCCUAGUACCUAUUGUCCUCCCCCCCUGGCCCCACCCCUGAGCGGAGGGUAGGGCCACCCACCCAAAUAAAAAAGAAUCCCCUUUCCCCUCCUCACCCUAAAAAUAGUGAGGGGGGAAUAAAAAUACUAACAACCUGUAAAAAAAACAAAAAACUUACCAUUUGAUGUCUUCUUUUUUUCUAAAAUCUUCAUUUUUCAGCCCCCAAAAAAGGCCAAAUAAACACCAUAAUAACUGUCGAACUUGUAAAAAAAUAAAAUAAAAAAACCUGAGCGCAAAAAAAAAAAUACCUGAUGCUAAAAGAUUAAUCCAUCUUCCCCUAGCUGGGUGAACUAAGACUAAGCUCCACAGGGCGGGGGAAAGGCUUAUAAAGCCUUGCCCCGCCCUGAAAUUAGGCUCCGAACACUGAUUGGAUGGUUUGAAAUCCAUCUAAUCAGAGUGCUCUGUGUCAUUUUACACAGCGUGGGAAAAUUCCAAAUAACUUUCCCACGCUGUGUAAAACGACUCAUAACACUGUGAUUGGAUGGCUUGGAAUUCAACCAAUCAGAGUGCUAGUCAUUUUACACAGCGUGGGAAAGUUCUUUGGAAUUUUCCCACGCUGUGUAAAAUGACACAGAGCACUCUGAUUGGAUGGCACUAGAUGAGCUAAAAUCAUCUUGAGAUCUGUUGUCCGUUCUCACAUCUCUUGCUACUUGUUUUUCUCUCCAUAAAUUAAUAUUUGAAAUUGACAUUUAAUUGAGAAACACCAAACUCCCACAUAAAAUUAAAGGGAAAAAAAGCCUUUAGGUAUAAAAUUUGGUAAAUUAAAAAAAAAUGCAGUUGUGGAAGGUGUUUUAUUUCUUUUAUUUUUUAAAGCAUUCUCACGAGUUAAAUAUGAAAUAUUUUGGUUUCAGAGAAAUUGCAUUUUGCAUAAAUUUUUUGGGGAUCCUGUACAAACACUUGCUUAACUAAACACAAACUAUAUGGAUUAUUUCAAAUGGCUUCUUGAUUUAAAAGCGGUUACUCGUUUAGGUCCAGUGUAUUCCUCUCACAUUGUAUAGUGUUUAAAGGUUAAACUAACUGUUAAUAUUUGCCAGCUCUUUUACGUUGUUGCUUGUUGAUUAAUAAUCAUCUGGAGAUAGCCAAUUGAAAAAGGUGUACUGCAAGGCCGAGAGAAAUUGUGUACACCCUUCAAAAUCUAGUCUGCACUACUUUGACCUAAAAUAACAUCAGAUGUUCAUCUAUAAAUUAUAAGGGGCAUUUAAUUAAGCAAAUGACAGCAGUUGUUCAGUGUUGACAGUUUUGUUAAUCUGCAGCUUUUAACCAGAUGGCAAACCACAGCAUAUUUGUUAAAGGACCACUCUAGGCACCCAAACCACUCCAGCUUAAUGAAGUGGUCUGGGUGCCAGGUCCAGCUAGGGUUAACCCAUUUUUUUAUUCUCUGAAACUGCUAUGUUUAUAAAGGGGUUAAUCCAGCCUCUAAAGCCUCUAGUGGCUGUCUCAUUGACAGCCGCUAGAGGCCCUUGCGUGCUUCUCACUGUGAAAAUCACAGUGAGAAUACGCCACCAUCCAUAGGAAAGCAUUAUGUAUGCUUUCCUAUGAGACUGGCUGAAUGCCCACGCAGCUCCUGCCGUGCAUGCGCAUUCAGCCGAAGAGAAGGAGGAGAGGAGGAGGAGAGAUUUAACCCUUUCCUCUCCAUCCAGCCCGAGUAUGUUUUCCUGGCACUAUAGUGGUCCUUUAAUGUAGCUUAGUGUAGCCUGCAGGUUUAAAAGUUAGGCAAUAAGUAGCAGAAUUUGUUGCUACUUUGUGAGUUACAUUUCUGGGAUGUAUGUAUACAUUAGGUGUAACAAAUAUAAUUUUACAUGAAUUAUGCAAAUUAAGAAAUCAGGACAUUUGACAAUGUUAAAAAAAAUCUAAUUGAGAUGAUAUUUCGUAUAGUAAGAUCACGCCAUGCAAACCUAGUUUGUAUUAUUAGGAGAAUAUUUGAGCUGCAUUACAUGUGGAAGGCUUAUCUAGAUAGUAAGAAGUCUUUCAUACUGUUCCCAAUCUGAAAAAUAAAUUGUGCCAGGAAAAGUUUGAAAAGUGCAAUCAAAAUGUGUGAAUGUGUUUUCCCCAGUUAAUUCCGUGGGGAAUGCUGUGUUCAGCUGUAUGGUCACUGGAGAAAAAUGUUAGAAUCAGAAAGUUUAUGAAGUAGACGAGAGGAAAAGUAGAAUAAUAAUUUCCUCUCUUACUUCCACUGUUUUAUUUGUAAGCCAAAAAAUCUAGAGUACGUAUUCCAAGAUUGUCUUCAUUUUUCUAGUAAUAUGCUGAGCGCAUCAUACUUUUAAAGGUUCUGCCUUGCCCCUUCCAAGCCAGUGAUUCUAAAUGAUAUACAGCUAUCUGGGAAAACAGUAGUCCCGUAGACAGUUGUAGUCGAUGGCAUUCUGAAGAAGAAAACACAAACCAGGAGUAGCCAAGAGUUACCUAUACUCUAGUUCAAAUUGCUAGGUUCUUUUGAAGGGCUCUGCAAUCUCUACUAUAUGAGUGCUGUCAUCUUUCUCCUGGCGUCCAUCAUCAGCUCCUGACGCUCUAUCAUUCAGGAGCCUGCGUCACUGACAUAUUCUCCUGCAUGUGUGAGAGUACAACAUAGUUUUCUAGAGGCAGAAUGUAUCUUGUGAUGCACAUGAAGAAUCCUUUUUGCCAGCAGCUGUCACUAGAGAUCAUAUGAAUAAAGAACAGUAGACAUCUAACCUUUUUGGUUUGGCAUACAGUAUUAAGCAGCAGCCAGAGCACCCUUAAAGGGAAACUCUAUGAACCAAAAUAACUUUAUCCUAAAGCAGCAGUUUUGGUGUCUAGAUCGUCUCAUUGCUCAUUUCUCUGCUGUUUAGGAAUUAGUUUCCGUUUCUUCAGCCUUAGCCAAACCUCUCCUGGCUGUGACUCACACAGCCUCCGUGGAAAAAAUGGUUUGGAAUUGUAAUCAUUCUUACUGCACAGAGUAUACACUUGGGAAGCAUGUUCUCCUGCUUAGUUAAUUGAUCUUUAGAUGACUCAGAGGAGGCAAUUGCAAGUUCCAGGAGGCUAUUAAAAAGCAGCGGGUAAUUCACCCAUAAUGGAAUAUGAGGAAAAGAAGGAUAAUCCAUCUUCCCUCUUUAUUAAUAUCCUGGAACCUAACCAUUGGAUUGUGUGCAAUUUUGGGCGCCUGUUCUAAAGAAAGAUAUCAUGGCACUAGAAAAAGUCCAGAGAUGAGCUACAAAAUUGAUAAAAGGAAUGGAGCAUUUUAGUUAUGAAGAAAGGUUAAAAAAAUGAAAUCUGUUUAGUUUGGAAAAACGGCGCCUGAGAGGGGAUAUGAUAACUUUAUACAAAUAUAUUCGGGGCCAGUACAAACCUUUAUCUGGAAAUCUAUUCAUAAACAGGGCUAUACAUAGGACACAAGGUCACACAUUUAGGCUGGAAGAAAGGAGAUUUCAUCUAAGGCAAAGGUUUUCUUACAGUAAGAGCAAUAAGGAUAUGGCAUUCUCUGCCUGAAGAGGUGGUUUUGUCAGAGUCCAUACAGAUGUUUAAACUGCAAUUGGAUAAAUACUUGCAAUAACAUAGCAUACAGGGAUAUAAUUUCUAAUUAGUGGGGCAAUAGCUGCUUGAUCCAAGGAGACAUCUGACUGUUUUGGGGUCAAGAAGGAAUUUUUUCCUAGUUUGUUGAAAAUUGGAAUCGCUUCAGACUGGGUUUUUUGCCUUCUUUUGGAUCAAUAGCAACAAUAUUUGUGAGGAAGGCUGAACUUGAUGGACACAAGUCUCUUUUCAGCUAUGUAAUUAUGUAACUAUAUAUUAAUGUACUACAAAAUAUAGAGGAGAAAACCACUCCUAAAGCAAUGGCUAAAUGGAAAUUGACAUUAGGGAUUAGUAUUUGGCCCUGCAAACGGUAUAUUCGUCAGUACAUUGCCUUAAUUUAUAGAGAUGCAUUACAAAAGGCUUGGUAGAUGGUAUUUAACACCUAUGAAACGAGCUAAAAUGUACCCCAAGGGGAAAUUACCUUGUUGGAAAUGCGGCUCAAAUAGAGUAAUUGAAUUAAACACAUGGUGGGAUUGCCCAAUGAUUAAAUGUAGUCCCUGCCACCAAUUGAUCACUGUAGUCAGUGAUCAAUUGGCAGGGAAGGGGUUGUUUUUUAUUUAAAAUGGGUUAACUUUAAUAAUUUUCAUUUUUAUUUUUUUCAUGUUAAAUUAAGUUAAAUUAAGGUCUUAGAGGUUUAGAGAGGUACAUGAUCCUAUGCGAUGAAAUACUGAUAAUGAUUACAAUAAGCCGGCUAGAAGCAUUGCUAAGCAGUAGAGUUUUGGAUAAUGGCCUAGCAGCAUGGCUCACUCCACACGACCCCCCUUAGGGGAUGUUUAAUGGAGGCUAAUAUAUUGGCUUUCCACUACAUUCCACGUUAUACUCUCCCAUAUGAGAGUACAUGUAUAUAUAUUUUUUUUAGAUUUAUUAAGUUUUCACAAAUAAUCCUCAGUCAUAUCCCUCACCCCUAGACAACAGCAGAUAGCUCUCUGUAAAUUCAUGAUUUCUAACCGAAGAAAACGAGUGAAAGAAACUAGUUUUGAUAAAGGGCGAAUUUUAGCCAUGUUUGUUUACAUUGCAAUAAUUCAUAGAGCAAGGGUGUUCAUUUUUUUUCCCCUCUCAUUAUGUCUCAUCAAUAGUGAUGUCGCGAACCGUGGAUGCCUUCAACAUGGAUGCUGUCCAGGAGGUGGGAGGGCCUGGGAGGGAGGGUCCGCUGGAGAUUGGCCGGGAUGUGCCAGCUGACCGGAGCUCGCCACGAACCGUGGCGAGCCGUUCGCGGGAAAUUCGCGAAUGGUUCGCGACAUCACUACUCAUCAAUUUAAAUGUUUAUUGUUGAACGUAAAUGGGCUUAAUAAUCCUUUUAAGAGACGCUCAGUGAUUCAGGAAAUCCAUCAGUCAAGGGUCGGUAUAGUCUGUCUACAAGAAACGCAUCUUUGUAAGCAUACUACUCCCAUUUUUGAAUCCACUAAAUAUCCCCAACUCUUCCAUGCCCUCUCCCUGCAAAAAUCAAAAGGAGUAGCAAUACUAUUUCAUGAGGACUGGGUAUUCCAUCAAGAUACAAUCUUUAACGAUGAGAUGGGCAGGUAAUUGAUUGUGGUGGGUAUUCUAAAUGGAAUGCAGAUUACAGUUGCUUCAUUAUAUGCUCCAAAUAAUUCUCAAAUUUAGUUUUUGUCCAAGGCGUUUAAUAAGAUAAUCCAUUUACAUAAGGGAAUACAGGUCAGAUCCCAGCUAAAACAACCAAACGCCGCAUGAAAUACACUUUGCUAUUGAGUUCGCCCCAAAGUACCGAACACCGAUGAGGGAACCUAAUAGCGAAAGACCGGAGCUCCCGAACGGCCUGUAAGUCCAGCGGUGUUUGCGCCGUCGAGUAGCCGUUUUCAGUUCCAUGCGCUCGACGACCAAACACCGCUGGGGAGACAAAGGAUCCAAGAUGGUCGACCGCCGCGUGGUUGGUAGCUGAACGGCGGCCACCUAGGAGAGCCUCUAAUUACCGAUUGCAACAUUGUUGCAAUCGGUUAACAAGCGCCACACGUCCCUCUGUGUGUGGGCUAUUAAAGGAUAGUUCAUUCGGUUCACGAACAGCCCGCAACGGGCAAAUUUUCUGCAUUUUUUUCCAGCAGUUUGUGAUGGAAUCAGAUGGACUGUCCUUCACUCAUCACAUACAUUAAUGAGAUUUGAGUGCCCAUGACCAUGACACUGGUUCACUGGUUGUGCUUCCUGCACCACAUUUGGAAGGUACUAACCACUGCAUACUGGGAACAUCCCAGAUGUUUUCGUUUGCCCAUUUAUCCCGCUUCCAACACACAAAAUGCAAGAAAUAACUGUUCACUUGCUGUCUAAUUUAUCCCACCCCUUAAUAGGUGCCAUAGUAACAAUAUAAUAAAUAAUUUUCACUUCACCUGUUAGUGGAUUUAAUGUUGUAGAAUGUUGUAGGUGAUCAGUGUAUUUACUUUUUUUAUAUAUAUAUAUACAUCAUUGUUGAUAUCUCUCAAUGGUAUUACAAACUAAUAAAGCAGUGUUUGAGAGAGCCUUUUACAAUUUAGUAGGAAAUAGCUACAUAGGGAAUAGUGUGUAUAGUAUUUUGUAUACCAGAAGUGGAAAAUGUUACUAAUUUGUGUCUGAGCAUUGCUACAUUCUCUGGGCCUGAAUGCACAGAUCCCCAGUUCUAAAAUGAAGAGUUUUGUUUAACCCUGCAAUGAAAACAUUGUCAUAUUUACUAAACGGCGAUGUUUUACAUUGCAAGAGGAAAACUACAUAUUCACCGCACUCAGACCAUUUAAUUGAAAUUAAGUGGUCUGGGUAAAUAAUGUGGUCCCUUAACAGCCUUUGGGAAAUAUGAAAAGUUAUGAAGGCUGUGUUAAAAGUAAAUGUGAACGUACCAUUUUCUAAAGUAUUAGACAUGAAAGAUAACAUUUUCCUCAUGAAUCAUAAUGAUCACUUUUAACAAGGUAUUUGCAUAUGAAGCUAGACUAAUCAUGUGUUCUCGAUUUCCCAUAGUGUUUCUCCCGCUGAGGAAGUGCCAGUGGAUGAAUGCUCUGUAGAUCUCGUAACUGCAUGUGCUGCUGCCCACUGGUUCAGUAUUGAAAAGUUCUAUAAGGAGGUAACAAUACAUUCAUUUUUUUUCAUUACAUUUGCAAUAUGUGUUCUGUAAAAUAAAAAAUAUAAAUAUAUAUCAGUUGUUACAUUGGCUUCCUAUAUGAGCCCUAUACAUAGAUAUAUAUAUAUUACACACACAUAUACAUACAGGGUUUAACAUCUCUACUCACUGUUAGCCAUAUAUAUAUACAUGUAUGUAUUCCAUGGUACAUUAGCUUUCCUCUUGAGCAUACAUACAGUGCUCAAAUUUCCACUUACUACAAGCCAUUAGUGAGUCACAAUUUAGCACUGGCAUGGAGAAACGUAUCCUUGUUAAGUGUGCCAUAUACCCUCCAGUGACCCUUCAUUUUAAGCCUGUAACAGAAGUCUCCAUUGCCCCGACACCUGGAGGCAACUAAGUGGCAGCCUCCACCCCUCCAACUAGGGGUUUUAGCCUAGAAAGGGGUUCUGUUUUUGGGGAGGUGGGUUUAGUGGGACAGUUUGAACUGCUUCUUCCCCUGGUAUGGUACUUUCCCUCCAAUUACUAGCGUAGGAGAUGAUUCCCCACCUUUAAUGGCUUGUCAUCUGCUUUAAAAUUGUGGGGAUAUUGUAGGUUAUGUAGCUGGAAUUGAAUGCCUUCAUUGUCCCGAUUGUAUGUUCCUUUCAUCAUCCCCCCUUUCUUGUCUUAUUGUUUUCCCAGCAGAGUUGUCCCAUUGUUCAAAGUUCAAAGUGGCUGCCCUGUCACUAGUUUAAAUUUCCCAUGUGGUUCUCAGCCAUUUUUAUUGUCUGUCCCCACCCUUCCUUUUAACCACAGUGCUCCAUUCACACUAAUUGUAAUGUAAUUAAGCUUUAUAGUGUAAUUGGUUGCUAUACCAAGUCCAUACUGCUUGUGCAAAGGAGAGCUUAGUAAUUCUGUAUCCAUAACAUCAAAGUAGGUACAGAUAAAUAUUUCUCCAUAAUACUGAAUAGAGGUGUUAGAUAGAAACCACUAGAGCACAUAUCCUAAAUAGUACUCACAAAUGAACAAAGUUGGAAAGUGGGGAGGCAAUAAGGCUAUAGAGAGAUAGGUUGGUGUUAAAUAAAAUAAAGAAGUGCAGCGAGAAGAAUACCUCACCUACACAAAACCAGGCAGCUUAAAUUUUACCGAUAGCAUUACUGCUAUCUAACUGGAAUCAAGGAGAUCUACCAUAGUAAAAGGAGUUAUUAACCAAAUGACAGCACUGCUGCUCAGUAAAUAGAGUUAUUAAUGUUGAAAAAAGACUAACGUGUAUAUAUGCUGAGGUUGUAACACUUUACCACAAAGUGGUUGUGGUCAGAUUAGUAAUCCAAAGUCUCUGACUAUAACAAUUAGCACAGAUCUAGUUCUCCUAUCUUAUCAGGCUUUAUUCAAGUGUGCCUCUGUAGGGGAAUUGGAUACAAGUAAAAUAUAGUUACUCUAGAGGGCCCCAGGGCCUUGCAAAGUUGGCCUGUAUUUCUUAUUUUUUUGCAACUCUGUAAAAAGAUGUCUUGUGAUGCUGUCAGCUUAUAUAGAGUUCUUUAAUAUUUCUUUAUUAGCAAAAAGUUUGAGAAAAGAGGUUCGAAAAUCUAGGUAAACAUAGGCGUCUGAUGGUCACGCAGGACCCAAUAUAUAGACAGGACACAGUAAAUAUAGUAACAACAACGAAAAAAGAGAGAAAAAAGGUAAUAAAAGCAAACAUAGCCUUGUAAGCAAUUAUUUCAGAUAUUUAUCAAGCCUCAAUAUUGUGCCUCCUUCUUUUUUUUUUAUAUACCAGCAUUUAUCUUCACCCCCAUACACCAUGUCCAGAAACCACUUAUAAAUAACUAUAAUCAAGGAAGAAACAAAAAUGAAUAGAUAAAUAAAGAUUAUAAAGUCCUAUCCUCGGAUCCAUGAAUUAUUUAAUAUUUACAUUUUUAGCCUCAAGAGGCCGCCCUAAUCCUUACCCAGAAAUGUAGCGAUGUAUUUAUCAUUCCCCUCCAUCCCAGCAUAGACUAAAUGCAUUAUAAAAGAUUUUCUGAUAUCCUAAUAUAAAACAUUAAUCUAUUACUUAUAAGAAUAUCAUAAAGAAUAAUAAAAAAGGGAAAAAAGAAAGAGAAAGAAGAAGAAAAAAAAUGAAAUAAAUCUUUAAAGUUUAUAUAGAGUUAUUUGAAUAACUCACAUGAUCUCUUUUAAAAUGACCACCAAAUGUGUGCAUCGUACACCAAUCAAUCAGAAGGAUAUAUCUAUUAUACGGUUUGAUUUGAUGCUGUAUCAUAGAUUAUGGAGAGCAAAAAGCAGGGCGCAUGAGAAUACUGAGAACUCUGAAUACUGUUGCGCCCUGUUUUGUUGUAUCACAGAUUAGCAUCAAGGCAAUAUAAUGAAUAAAGCAGAACUUGUUAUAUCCUUUCCGGCAUGGAGCUGGUCCUAGAAACCGUUAAACAUGCUAGAGCAAAUAAAUGCAUUCAUCUCACACAAUCACAUACCAUAACCACUUAUUAUUACUAUACGAUAUGUUGGUAAUCAGUUUUGAUUGAUUUUUAUUUCUAUUUUAUUAACAAUUUCAUUAAUUUUGAUUUUCAAAAGCAACUAGAAUUGUUGAAUGAAAACCUUGCUUCUGGUGUUCCAUUCUAGGUGGAUCGGAUCCUCAAGCCUCGUGGUUGCCUUGCUAUUUUUACGUACAUUCCUGACAUGGAAGUGCAUUACAAAGACCGAUCAGAACAGUUGACAAAAGUCUUUAAAGAGGUCAGCCGACAACUCCGUAUUCUUUUGGGUGCAUUAUAUGGUAGUUUUUCAUUAUUAUUAAAUAUUUUGUAAAAGUGAAAUAAUAACUAACGUCUGGUUUCCAUGUUAAUGGAUAAAUCCUACCACCUGUCUCUAUCUAACCAAAAUUUGCAACUAACUUAACAACUAAUAUGGAAACAAGCCCUUUAUUGUUGUUUAAACGUAACUUUUCAGCACUUAUUGAACUAAAAUUACCCUGAUUUGUUAACCACACCAAUGUCAGAUAGACAUAAGAAGUUAAAAGAGCAUGUCAAGUACCAUAACUACUACAGCCCACUAUAGUGGUUGUGGUGCCCUAGUAAGGUGAGUAAUAUAAGUCGGCAAAUGUUUUGACAAAAUACCUAGGGUCUGCCAUGCACCGGAUGGAGCCUAAUCCUGGAACAGGAAUCUUUAUCGAGCUUUCAUCAGCUUCACUGAGCUAAGCUCUGCACUGGCUUGGCUUAGUGCUGCAGCUUCAGGCAGCAGAGAAGGAUGUAACGUAUGCUUCACAGACACCAGCUAAGCUUUCAGAUUGUAUAAAAACUAUUUGAUUGCUUACCGUGGGAGAUCAUCAGGACACUUCUGGCAUCAUAACCGCUACAGUAGACUGUAGUGAUUAGGGAGCUUAGAGUGUUUAUUUAUUGGUUUAUUUAGUAUGUUAAACUUUAGGGAGUAAUGUGGGUUAAAUACCCCUUUUUUUUAAACCUACCGCUUCCUUCACCUUGAUUUUUUUCCUUAUUCAAGGGGCAAAAAAUGUUGGCCCCGUAUGAAAAUGAGAAAGUGAGACUUGUGAAAACAGGUUACAAAGACCUAUUUGAUGCCAUACCUUAUACAGAUAAAAAAAGGUAAGUCAGAUUUUCUACUAUAUUCAACUUUUCAUUUUAACCAUAUAUAUUUUAAUAACCAUAAUUCAUUUUUGUUUUGUUUUUUUCCAGGGUUGAAAAUAUGACAACCAAAAUGCCAAUGUUGCUGUCAGACUUUUUGGGUCUCAUACAGACCUUCUCUAUGUUCCAAGAUUUCCUUAAACAUGAACCCAAGAAAGCUAAGGAAUUUAUAGUGACAACAGAAAAAAGGUAUGUAAUAUGUAGAUAUGGGUUUUAAGCGAUACUUCCAAAUAAAAUUCCUGGUAGUCAUCGAACAAACUGAUUCCAAAUAGUUUUACUUGAGGGGUCGGUUUAAAUUCAUUACAUGUUGAGGUUGGAGACUAAGCUAGGCAUUUUGUGCGCUAACUCAUUGUUGUAAAUAUUAAUUCGGUUUGCACAUUGAGUAAUAUCUUUUAACAGUAAUACAAAUUUAUUCCACCACAGUAGAGGAGUGGAAUUAAUUUAUAUUAUCGUUAAAAGAUAUUACUUAAUGUGCAAAGCGAAUUAAUCUUUACAACAAUGAGUUAGCGCACAAAAUGGUAUUAACUCUCAAAUUUGAGAGAACAACAUGUAACUAGAACUUAUUAUAAAAAUGUAAAUAGAACUUAUUAAAUUGAAACAAUAUCCCAGUGUGUAUAUGAUGUUCUUUUGAUACGUCCAAGUUCUUACACUAUGCACUGAAAUAAACUUCUCGAUCCUCCAGCAUUCACCAUGGGUGGAUAAUCUAGGGAAAUUAGAACUGAAAUGGUAUAAUGACGUCUGGGGAGAAACCUCCACCUAACACACCUAGUUGAAUAUUCCUAUAUAUUCAGUCCUAUAGGCUUCCUGAUUUUUUUUUUUUAUUAUUUUUUUUUAGUACCAUGUUAUUAAUUACUUGACAGUUUAUUUUUUUUCUGUACAUAGUUGACUUAUUUCAUAUACAAAUAUUUAUAAUAUUUAUGUGUAUUUUAUUUGAUUGCUUGUUUAGUUUUAACAAUGGUUCAUACGUCAUUGUAUAUAUAUAUGCCGCUGUUUUAUGAUAUAUUAUUUUAAAACAUUACAUGUAAAUCCAUUAUUUUCUGUAUCGAUUAAAACAUAUUUUAUUCAAAGGUAUUUUUUGCACAUGUUUAAUAAUAACUAUACACUUUGCAACUGAUGUCUCCUUUUCAUGGUGCAUGAUGAAUAUAUACAUUUAUAGAAUUUUUUCUUUUCUUGUCUGAAUAUAAUGCUGUUACCAUUCAAUGCAUAUACACUUUUGAGACACGUUUUCAUGAUUGUUAUUAAAGAGCAGCUGUUACACAUUGUUAAAACAAACAAUCAUCAGAUAUUUGUGGCUAAAUGGACUUCCUUGGUCCACGCCGUGUUUAAUGUCUGCCCACUAUGUACAUAUUCCUCAACUGAUACUAACUACCACUUAAUAUUUACUAUUUUAACAUACAACAAAAGUACAUAUUUGUCAUAGCAAAUCAGCCCGCAAUCAUAUGAACAAGUCACCCUUAGUGUUUCAUACACCUGGCUUUCCAAAUUUCGCUAGCUUACAGGUAAUUUUUAGUGCUUUAAUGUACUAAAUGGGUAACCUAACAAUAUAGCCACUGCAGCUUCAUCAUGGUUUUUGUUAGACCAUAGUUAUUCUUUGUUCCUUUUAGCCUUUUCAAUUUAUUUUUUAUUUUUUUAUCAGCAUUGCUACAGUCACUUUAAUGGCCAUCUUCCAUCUCUUAUUAACAAUGAUACAGCACCUGAUUGAUUCUAGGUUAGGCACCCUGGUGGCUUGACGAUGCUAAUCUUUCUGACAUUCUUUAUGAGUUGACUUUUUACAAACCUUCUUCUUAUUUCAGAUUCCUUGAAAUCAUGGGGGUAUCCUCCACUGAGACAGAAAUUGAAGUGCGGUUGAACAAUGUAUGUUUGUUGGCCUCCAAGCCUAAGUGAAGCGAUAAAACAAUAAACAUGCCUAGCGCAACAAAGCUUUUGUUACAUGAACCAUAAAAUGUCUGUUCAAAUUAGAAAAAAAGCUUGUAAGGUGCUACACAUUGUAUAAAAAAAUCAGUGUUUCCUGUUUGAUUCUUAAUUCACGCAGUUUAAAAAUCAUGAUAUAUUGCUAGGGAAAUCCAUAUAAUAAACAACAUGGUAGAGCAAAGCAUUGUCUUUAGAGCAAAUUACAUGAAUCAAAGUUAAGAAUAUUUUGGAAUAAAUCCUGUUUUUCCAGUUUCCUUUGUUUUCAUUAGUAGUCCUUACAUACAAUACUGUAACAG